AUGAAAACAAGAGGUUCUGCUUACAAAUCUGAUUUCAAGAGAAUAUAUGUUUCAAAAAAAAUUGCAAGUGCCAGAAAUCUCCGUUCAGCAGGAGAAAAUAAUCCAAAACAAAGGAGAAUGAAGGGUGCCAGCAACCAUACUAAACGGAAACGAAUAUCUGAAACUUACAAGGCAACACAUCUAGUUGGUCGGAGGAAGGCAUCCAACUUUGUUACAUACACCCAAAAUGGGCGCCUUUUUUAUGAUAUUUAUGUUCGUGAAUCACCAUACCACAACAGUAAACUAAUGACUAUUCAAAAAGAAAGAGUCGACGGUGAUGAUGCUAAUGCCGGACAUCUUAGUAGUGUCAAACGGUGCACAAGGAGUGUUCGGGUAGGCAGAUCCAUUGAAAGUGGAGAGGAUUCUAGUCAAAAGAUGUCACUGAAGGCUGAAUCACAAAGUUUUCCUAAGAGAGCAGCCAAGACGCAAGGCUCUACUACCCAACCUUCUAGUCGUUUAAAACGAUCACGGGGGCGUAAAAAGAAAGGUCCUGGAAUUCAUGAAACACUGAAGCGAGAGUUAGGACCAAACUAUGCAAGUUCUAACCAAGUCCAUGGUAAACGUCUAGCUAGUCUUAAUGCAACUGCUAUCAUGGGGGCUUUUAAUUCUAAAUCUCCUCGCAAACCAUAUCGAAGAAGGAACAAGGAGUUAAAUACUCAGCUUCAGUCUGUCUUGGUAGUAAAUUGUCACCUUGAUGAAGUGGACGAUGCUGUUACAGAGCCUAUGUGCUCAGUCGUUGGUGAUGACUUAGUUAAUUGUGUAGAAACGACUGGUACUUUGAGUAUUGAAAAAGACAAUGUAUUUUCAACACAGAAUUGUCAAACUCCUACUCCAAAAAAAGGUUCUUUGGAGUCACCGUUCAAGAAUAUUUGCCAAAUGAAUCCAGCGAUAGAAAGCUUUCAUUCACAGCGCAUUAUACCACUCGGACAUGACACUUAUGGCGUCCAACAGAUUACGCACCAGGUUUUAGUUGUACCACCUCCGAAUGACACAUCUCAAAUCGUAUGUCAGCCCAAGUUACCAGGUCUUAGUACCCCGAUAGUUCGUGCGCAAGCAGAAAGUCCGGCUUCCUUCCCCAGGUCACCUUAUCCAAAAUCAAAUGACUGCCAUUUUAAUGAAAGCUUGUUGCAACAAAAAACUAGUCAGAUCAUGUAUGGUCCGGUAUGUCCUUCUUUCUUGCCGCAAAGCUUAAACUCGUGGAGCUCUGGCCUACCGUGUAUCACAAAUUCAAACAUGACAUCAUCAUUUAUCACUUGUUCACCUCCCAAUAUUAUUUUUCCGCAUAUUUCCUCACCAUUUGUUGUUCCUAAUCCUAAUGUUACACCUCAAGUUGCGUAUCCUCUCAUCCUCCAACCAAUCUCGAAUAUGCCUACAUCUUAUGUGAGUUCUGGGUUUCCUUACAGCUUUGUUCCCCCUAUUUUAUUGCCAACAUCAUGGGCCCAACCUGGCGUAAUUCCAGAUCAGUCGUUUAGUAAUCCUGUUAGCAGUAAUGGUGACUUUAUUAGUCCAAUGAUGAUUGCACCUGCACAGAUGGUCCCCAUUAAUCAGACACAGUAUUAUCAAAUCGCAGGUAAUCCUUGUACCAACUGGUUGUCUCAGGGAGGAUUUUAUUCAACAUUAAGUAAACCAGCAGUUGUUACAAAUGUGUGUUGUAACUCGGAUCAGUUAGUCAUAGGGCAGGACAAGAAAUCUUUGGUUGGAAACCAAUCUGUUUGCCCGGACGACUCAUCAACACGUGACUCUUUUUCUCAAUCAGUAACCGGUUAUCCUAUCAUCUCUUGCCAAACACCGGUUGCUAACAGUCAGGAAACGAAUGUCAUCAUGAUUGCGUCUUCAAAUACAUCUAGCCUUCAGACACAAAGUGGGGAGUUUUUAGUGAAUCCUGGUCCAGUUGAAACUCGACAUGCACAUGAAAAUGUAACGAAGGAAGUAAACCCUGACAUCGUGCACUUAGAUAAUGAAAAAGGUGCCUGGAUAUGGGAAGGAAAAUCGUUCGUCAAGCCUAUUUUCUACCAGUCCGAUUCACCUCCAGUACUCUGCAAGUGUUACCCUGCAAUCCGACACCGACGAGAUGGUAUGGUGAUUCGUGCGAAGGAUAGUGUUUUGUUAUGUAGUGGUCCCAGUCGAAGUCAUCCACCACAUGUUGCAAAAAUUGUUGCUUUGUAUCAUGAUAAAAAUACAGAUACAAAAAUGAUGUCCCUUCUUUGGUAUUAUCGUCCUGAACAUACAAAUAGUACAGCACAAAAUUUUGUAAAAAAUGAACUUUAUGCAAGCAGACAUCGUGAUACUAACCCACUUGAUUGUAUAGAAGAUAAAGCCUUUGUACUUUCAGUGAAUGCAUAUUCUCGUUAUAUGGCAAAACUUAAACGUCAACAGAUGGGUUAUCGGAAGAUGCCGCUUAGCUCUAUUGUACCUCAGUUUGGCAGUUGUAGUUUGCACGGUAACAAAAGUCCAGAGGACAAUUUGUACAUGGAUAAAUAUCCACUCUCUGAAUGUGACGAAUGCUUUAAUAGCACUAAUAGUCAAAGUGUUUUCUUCUGUCGUGGUUUGUAUGAUUAUAAACUGAAACGUGUAACUCGAUAUCCUGUGUUUGCAAAUCAGUAUUUAUUGUCUCAUUCGGCUAAUCGACAAAAAUCUAAUGGACAGUCCUUUACAACACCACAAAAACAGUCAACAGAGCAAAACAAUGUAACAUCAUUAAAUGAAGAUUGCUGUUCAGGUACAACUACACCUUCAAAGCAAGAUGCUAGUCCUGGAAUUCUUAAUACUAUCGAACCGGUGACUCCUUUACGUGAUAAUGUACCCUUUAAAGUGUUUUCUACCCCUACAACUUCUACCACUGAGAAUGUCAAUAACAUGACAAUAUUACAAUCUGAUUCGUGUGAAAUUGAUUGUGAAAAUCUACAUAAUUCAUAUAUGGUUGAACAGUGUGAACCUAUAACUUAUGAUAAUGAUAAAGGUAGAACAUCAACUCCUGUAAAAGAAAGUAGUGAUCAACGUAAAUCUCCUGUUAAAGAAAGUUUAAAAUUUGUUGAAAAAUCAUCUGAGAAAUUGAUCACUACGAUGAAUUCAAGUAAUGAACCAUCUAAUAAAUUGCCUAUGAUCAAUUCUUCUGUUAACAUUUCUCAAACAAAUAUUUCUGUUCCAGUAGAUUGUAUAACUUCUUCUUCAAAUUUACAGCUUCAAUUCAGUACAUAUUCAGUUUCAGAAAAUAAACUCUAUGAAGUGACAAAAGAUUCUAAUGUACAUCUGUUACCUGGAAUUAAUCAUUCAUCUUCAGUGUACAACAAACUUCCAUAUGAAAAUAAACUAGUCAACCAAUUAGUUUGUCAAUCAAAUUUUUUACCUAUUCAAUCAAUAUGGCCAACAACUAGUACUUCUUUAACAAAUUAUGAUCGAUCUAUUCUUGAAACAAGCGCUGAUUUAUCUGUUAACUGGGGUGAACAUGGUGAACAGAUUGCCUUAUCAUUAGACUGUCGGGUUAAAGAGAAAGAUAUUCAUAAUCAUAAUUGUAAUGACCAGACAACAUCUCAUUUUAUUCAUUCUGAACCGUUAACAACUUCUACACAAUCUUUUAUAGACAUGACAAAAUUACCUGUGCAUUCUAAUACAAUAGAUUAUUCUACGCUGAAAUCUAAGUGUCUUGAUCAAGAUCAACCACGUUUAGUGAUCCUAUGA